AAAGCAAUUUUUCUUUUAAAUCUUUCAAGGAAAAGAAUCAUAUUCACCAAGGAGAGAAGAAAGCAGAAGGAUUUUUUUGAAAAGAAAAGGCUGAAGUCUAAGAUGAAUGUGUUGGGAGCAUCUCCCCCUAAGCGCUCUGUCAUCAGUUUAGAUCUCCUCAAUCUGCAUGUUGUCAACCAGAUAUCUACCAAGAAAAAUCAUCUUGGCAAAGUUCAAAAACCAGUUCAUGUGGAUAUUAACCAAGCGCCUGGGAGGUGGCGCAGUAUAGAACUCCCCAAAACACCAGAGCGUAAACCACCAAUGCUGUUCCUUGAUGAUAUCCAGAACAGGCUACAAAAAGAAGUGCCAGAAAACAGAAGAAAAUAUCUUUCAGAAAAAGAGAAUUUCCAGUUUGAGUCAACAAACAUUGUACAUGAAGAGUCGUGGCUUUCAAAGGCAGCAUGCAAGCAAAGAAAUAUCAGUGACCCAGAAGCUGACAAACCAUUGGCUUUGUAUUUCCAACAGUUGAGUAGUCCAGAAUGUAGUCACUCAUUUGGAAACUCUCGUAACAUGACUGCAGGCAAAGAUUUCAAGAACUGUAACAGAGAAGAGCCAUUGUUUGGUAUUAUGUAUGAGAGAGAGACACUGAAUGCCACCCAAGAUACCCAGCCCAUUGCGGCGUUGUUUGAAAAGGAGAAUAAUCAGUUUCCGGCUGUCCCUUCCUCAGAAUUUUAUAGUUCUUUUGGUAACCAAAAUAUUUUAAGCCAGCCACUUAUGGAUUCAAGUAAUAUAAAUCAAACAUCCGGCAUAUAUGGUCCUUACGAUGUCAAAGAAAUGCCUCAGAUUGCAAGCGGUGCUGAAAGGUGCCCUGCUGAGAGAGACCUUGAAAGUAUUUUCACAGCUCCAGAGCAGAUUUACUUGCAAAACUCACAAAGAUUCGGUAUGCUUGAUAAAGAGAGUUUAUUUAAGAAUCGCUUGAAAGAAUCUUGUGUCCGAGAGAGAAGCCUUCUAAUGUCUGAAGAGCAAGAGGAUAUUGCCAACUCUGAGCGUGCAGGGGGAUAUAUCAGCCAGCAUAAAAAGAUUAAGAAAGCAGCAACCAUGGACAAUUUCUUAAAGAAAAACCUGAAGGGUAUCCUGGCAGAACCGAAUCUGAAUUACUUGGAUAUCUUUGGACUUCGAGAGACGGACGAGGAAGUUUGCAGCGAUAAUAGUCAGAGUUCAAAGCCUACAAGAGAACACGACGAUGAAUCUCAGCUGAGCAGCCAGUCCCCCAGUUAUUCUCCAGAGCAGACAGAGAGAUGUGCUGGCAUGACAUCUGAUGAGUCAACAGAGGACGAUCAAGAUGGAAGCCUGUCAUCCUGUUAUGCAAAUUAUAUUUCAAGAAAUAAUGGAAACCCACUUGCAAUUUUUGGAAACCAAAAGUCACGGUGCAACUGCCACUCAAGGGACAUGCCCUUCGUUCUUCAUAACUCUGUAACUAUGGACAAAGCCAACAUUAAUCCCCUGGUAAAGCCAGCUGUUGAUCUAAGGAAAGAUGACAUUGUUCGUCCUCUACAAAACACAUCCCAUGGAUCAUUUAAAAACAAGCAUGUGAAUUCUAAAGCAAGGCAUAAUGCUUCAUCCCAAACAGAGAAAUGUGCUUGCGAAAUAGAAACAUCUGAUGCAGCAGUGCAGUGUGAUAUAAUACAAGACUGCAGCUGCAAAAAAGGGGUCUCCUCUGUCCAUAGUGCUGAAAUAGUCACUUCCACGAUCAAGAUAGAAACCACUGGAGGGCAGAACAUCCCAGCCAACAGAGCUGCGUUUCAGCCUUCAAGUACCAGCAGCGCAGCAUUAGUUUAAAGGCUUGCCUUCUGAGAGUGGAUACUUCAGAAACCAUAUCAAAAUAAGUGUAGGUAUACUAAUAUAACGAAAGCCCUGGAAACGUGACUAAGAAUAAUUGAGCCAUGCUACAUACUUAUUGCUAGUAUAGCAAAGAUGGGAGUUUUGAUAGAUAUAUUUACCACUUGUAUUCGUCAACUAUAAUCCAUCACAAAACCAGACAUAUGCAAUCCAAAGUUAAACAUGAUAAAAGCCCCAUGUUUUCAGUGAGUUCAGCUGAUGACGAAUUGUGACCAUCUAUUUCAGUGAACUUAAAUACAGCCAAUAUUGUGUUGUAUAAUUGUGUGUAACCGCUUCAGUUCUUUCAUUUGCAAACUACAUACGUAACACUGAUUUUAAAAAAAACAUUCUCGUAAAAGAAACAAGAAAUCCACAAAUAAAAGGAAACUCUGUAGUGAACAAUUUAUCCUUGUCAAUGUACACAAUAUUGUUUCUCGGUAUUUAUAUUAAAACCACUGACCACAAAUAUCGCUGUUAACGUGUUCAUAUAGAAAUGACUGGAAUUAUUUAAUCUUGCUUGCAUUAUUUUUAACUUUUCUUGAUGGUUGUUAAUUGUUUGUGACAUCAACUCCUGUCAAAGCUUUUCAGACACAUUUUGUAAAAUAUAAAUAAAUUCACCGCCUUGUGAUUUUUAUGUUAUUUAAAUGUUAAUCUUCAGAUUUAUAAGGUUGAGAUUAUUUCAUUUUAUUCAGCACCUCCUAUCUGUUAUUCAUGAAAUAAAGCCUGUUGUCAUUUA